AAUCUUUACUCCAGCAGCAGCUUAAACCCAAGCUCACUUUGCCUUGGGGAAGAAACCCAAACAACUCUCGCUAUAAUUUUGCUUCAUUUGAGUCUCUGAUGCAAAACUUCUCUUCUUGAAUAAUUUAAAAAUGGCGUCCGUCUCUCCUUCUUGGUAUUAUCAAGAUGGAGGAUUAAGAAGGGUAGUGUGUGCAGAUGGGGUUAUUACCAACAAGUUCUUCACCCGUAAUUUGAAGAUACAGUUUGGUGUUCCAUUUCCUCCAUCAUCAUCAUCAAAGUCCAGAUCCUACACCACCAGCCCACUUAAAAAGACUCAUUUACCCCUCCGUAUAAAGUGCGAGAAAAAUGACAAGGAAGAAGAAGAAGACUCUUACAAGGACGUCACAAUCGAGCGUGCUCCAUAUUACAGCUACAUGGACUCCACAUCCGGGCAAAUGGAACCAGCUUCCGGUGCACGUGCAAGUAUUCCAAGUGAAGAGUAUUGGCCGGAGGGCACUUCCAGCAGAGUUAGGGCGGCAAGGGCUCCCGAACCUAGCGGCGUCUCCACUGGAAAACCCUCUUUCGGCAAAAACCCGGGAAGUAGGAGAAAAAAGUACAAGUCUUCAGCAUCUGCUUCGCAGACGAACCUAGUUGUGAAUGAUCAAGCGGAGUCCGAGUAUUCGUUGGAUGAAUCCAAAAAUGGCGCAUCUGAGUUCGUUGUUUAUCAGACGGAACCCGAGGAAGAAGAGGUAGCUGGAUAUGACCUGGACAAGAAAAUCGGAAAUCCGCAUUCUUUUAUUGACCCAAAAGCUAAGAUACCGAUGGAUGAGCCGCUCACUAGUGAAGAACUGUGGUGGAACUGGAGAAAACCCGAAAAGGAACAGUGGUCUAGGUGGCAAAGGAGACGACCCGAUGUUGAAACGGUGUUUCUGAAAGCUAUGGCGGAGACGGGGCAAGUAAAGCUUUACGGUGACCAACCAACGCUUACAGAAUGUGCUCUUUUUAGAGCUAGGCGACAUAUUUAUAAAGAAGAGAGGCUACAGGAUGAGUUCGAUAAACUGGAAGAAAUAGGGCCUAUAGCGUAUUAUUCCGAAUGGGUUGAAGCUUGGAAAGAAAAGGACACUUCGCGCGAAGCGGUGCAGAGGCAUUUUGAAGAGACUGGUGAAGACGAGAACACGCAGCUACUUGAAAUGUUCAUGCUUCAAACCGAUAGAGAAUACCGCAUUAUGAUGGGCACUGAUAAUCGUAUCCGUCGGGACCCACUUGCCAUGAGAAUGCGCGAGGAUCAAAUCAAGCAAAUAUGGGGUGGAGACCCAGUUUACCCGACGGUGAAUUACAUUCAGGAUCCAGAUGAAGUGAUUGAUUACAGAGGUCCCGAUUUCCACGAACCGACUCCAAACAUGCUGGAUUAUCUUAAAGAGCACGGAAAGAUAAUAACGAGAGACGAGCUGGAGAAAGUCCUGUCGAAAGAGAAGACAGAAGUGCUCGAGAUGGCGGAUAUAGACGAUGCAAUGGCACGAGCUGUUGACAUAGGAGAAAACGACGAUGAAGGAGAAGAGAGUGAGGCUGAAGACGACACUAACGAGAAAGCUACACGCAAUUGGAGUGUUGUAAAGAACAAUGCAGAACUUAUCAAAACAAAGGAGAAAGCUAAAAAAGAUAGCAUGUCUCUGGAAGAAGCUGUGGAUGAUUCAGAAAACUUGACAGAUUUUCUCUUGGACUUUGAAGAAGAUGACUAGUUUCUUCUAUUUAUAGUAAGUUUGUAAACAAUGUUUGGGCCUCAAUUAUUUAUGGGCCGGGCUUUCUAAUUUGGGCCUAGGUGUAAAGAAAACUAUUUGGAUGCAUUUAGAUAAUUUGGGAGGAUGAAUUUUAAAUAGUUUUCAAAUGGUCUGUUUUUUUAUUUA